CUGUGCGCGUUCACGAAUCCCCUCUGCGCGUCCCAGUCAUGUGACAACACCUCAGCACGCCUGCGCACAGAAAUAGAAGAUGGCGGAGAGUGCGGACCUGAAGCAAAUGGUGAUGAGCCUGCGGGUGUCGGAGCUGCAGGUGCUGCUGGGCUACGCUGGGCGCAACAAACAUGGACGCAAGCACGAGCUGCUGACCAAGGCGCUCCACCUGCUGAAAUCCGGCUGCAGUCCCGCCGUGCACAUGAAGAUCAAAGAGCUCUACCGAAGACGCUUCCCUGCCAAAAUGGUCUCCCACCCCGAGCUGGCGCUGACCGGGCCGCACCACCCGGCUUCAGUCGGAGUCGUCGGGGGAGGCGGGGCGGCGCUGCCUGCCGGCCUGACGCAGCUGGCGUACGAGGGCCACGCCGGUCACGGCGGCGCUCCGUCGCCCGCUGCCUUACUGCCCCUCUCGCUGCUCGGACCCGGGAAACACGAGCUGACCGCGCUGACGCACCACCUGCCCACUUCGGUCUCGCUGCACCCGGUCCAUCCGGAUGUUAAGCUCCAGAGGCUGCCUUUCUACGACCUGCUUGACGAACUUAUCAAGCCGACAAGUCUAGCGUCGGACAACAGCCAGCGGUUUCAGGAGACGUGUUUCGCCUUCGCGUUAACGCCGCAGCAGGUCCAGCAGAUCAGCAGCUCUAUGGACAUCUCGGGGACCAAAUGUGACUUCUCAGUUCAGGUUCAGCUCCGGUUCUGCCUGUCGGAGACAAGCUGUCCUCAGGAAGACCAUUUCCCUCCCAAUCUUUGUGUCAAAGUCAACGGGAAGCCAUGCAACCUGCCGGGUUAUCUUCCUCCAACCAAAAAUGGCGUCGAGCCUAAGCGGCCGAGCCGGCCGAUCAACAUUACCUCACUUGUCAGAUUGUCCACCACAGUCCCGAACACCAUCGUGGUAUCGUGGACUGCAGAGAUUGGAAGGAGUUACUCCAUGGCGGUUUACUUGGUGAAGCAGCAGUCCUCCACAGUGCUGCUACAAAGACUGCGAGCAAAAGGCAUCAGAAACCCAGAUCACUCCAGAGCGCUCAUCAAAGAGAAGCUCACAGCGGACCCUGACAGUGAAAUAGCCACAACCAGCCUGCGUGUGUCCCUGCUCUGCCCGCUGGGGAAGAUGCGGUUGAUGAUCCCGUGCAGGGCGCUGACGUGCUCCCAUCUGCAGUGCUUCGACGCCACGCUUUACAUCCAGAUGAAUGAGAAGAAGCCCACCUGGGUCUGUCCUGUCUGUGACAAGAAGGCCCCUUAUGAGCAUCUUAUCAUCGAUGGACUUUUUGUAGAGAUCUUGAACAGCUGCUCAGACUGUGAUGAGAUCCAGUUUAAGGAGGAUGGCAGCUGGGCCCCCAUGAGGUCUAAGAAGGAAGUGCAGGAGGUCUCCUCAGCUUCCCUUAACAACGGGCUGGAUGGCUCCUGUCGGACGUCUGAAGGCUCAGAUCAGCACAGCUCCUCGUCCUCCAGCCACAGCGACAGCAGCCACAGCAAAAAGUUGGAAGUGAUCGACCUGACACUCGACAGCUCCUCGGACGAAGAAGAACCAGAUUCCCCGCCGCUGCCUUCUCCUCCUCCUCCUCGUCCACCUUCCUCUGCAACACUUCCUCCUCCAGUCAAAAGAGCGUGUCCGUCUCUGUCGCCGACCUCGCCGCCUGUCAUAAACAAAGGGGUGUUGAACCUGCACCACCAGGCCUCUCCCGCCAGCUGCACCCCCAGCAUGACAGCCAUGGACACCAACUACAUCCCUCCGGUGCCCCCACUCAUCCAGGACUACAGGCCCUACUACCACACCCCCAACGACCUGUCAGAGUUGAACUUCUUCUCUUUUCUUCAAGGAGACAAUCAUCAGCAUUACAACAUGGUCAUGGCGGCGGCGGCGGCUGCCUCGGCCUCAGAGGACCACGAGCUCCUCCUCAACCGCUUCCUGCCCUACAGCACCUCCUCGUCGGCCUCCCAGCUGUUCCUCGACCAAUCAGGUACCCCCUCGCUGACGGCGCCGACCAACGGGAUGAGCAACACGGGCGGCGGCGGCUUGGUCUCAUCCAGUAGCCUUCGAGACACUCACUCCACACACUCGUCGUCUUCGCACUCGUCCUCACACCCGUCCUCACACACACACCCCGGGGUGGUGGCCAGUCGAAGCAGCGCCGAAGCGGCAGUGGCAGCUAUCUACGGCGGGAUACCUGACGUCAUAUCGCUGGACUGACCCGAGGCGGGGGGCGACGCUCUGGGCCCGGCGUGAAUGCAGCGUCACGCCGGGCCCGAUGCGGACCGCAGGGUAAACGUUUCUUUUUUUCUUUUUUUUUUGCUCCAGAGAUUAGACCGGCCCCAAGUCAUCGAACUCUGUCAGCCUUUUUGGAGCCAUAAUAUGGAGAAAAGCACUAAAUAUCUAAGUGGGUGACAUCACUUAAAGGGAGAGUAGCAGGGAGGGAUGUGGACUUGGUGUUACUGACCUCAGAUGAGAAACCAGUCCGAACGUUUGGACCACAUCUGAUCUUUACUGGUACAAACUUGGCACAAACAGCGGAGAUGCUGCCCGAGUGAAAAAAAACACAAGGUUGAAGGGUUCCUUAUUGUUUUUUUCAAGGCGCAGCACCGUGACCAGAGAACAAAAUCUAUUUUCCUCUUUUACUUUUCUAAGUCGGGAACGUUUUCAGUGUAGUGAGCUGCUUCUGUCGCUGUUCCCAGGCGGAGGACUGGACCUCCUUUCCCUUCAACACCUGCUGCCAUGUUUGCUUAACUUUCCAUCCGCAUCUCCAACAACAACCACGUUCCUUUUUUUUCCCUCUUCGACCUCUUGUCCAGAUUCAUUGUGUAUUUUGUUUUUCUCUAUAAUGAGACUGAAUUAACAGUUGAAUCAUGUUGUAGUAGUUUUAAUAUUCUUUUUAACUUAUGUAUGAUAUUUAAACAGUGAAAUAUGCAUUCCCCUUGACUUUCAGGUUGAUUCUGUGUUGGUUAUUUUCACUCCUUGUAAAGAAUCUGCCGGCAUACGGCAUUUAAACUGUUGAAGCUAUUUAUACUUGCCAAUUCUGACUUUUAGCUGGAAGACUUUUUUUUUUUUUUGCACAAUGCCAAAAAGUAGGUACUAAUAUGAAAGUGAUCUGAGUGCUGUUGAAUGUGUGUGUGUGUGUGUCAGUGUUUUCAGUCCGUUUCUCCGGGCUCAGUGUGUUGCUUCGCGUCUCUUGCGGCUGACUGUCAUAAAAGGAUUUUCCGACUUAGCCGGUCGUAGCAACGCCGGGCCUUUUAAAGACACAGGCGUCCACAGCAUGCGACCAAGCUUAAAGCAGUGCCUGUUUAUUAUGUGCGCGUGUUUGAGGAACAUUAAAGUAAUGUCUUAAAAUCGUCACUUUUUUGUGCAUCUGACGUUUUUGAACCUACGGCUGGUUUUCCGCACCCAUCCGGGGGGAAAGUUGAGUCAGGACGGCUUGCGGGUAACGUCUUGAGAAGUGAAAGAAGGCGGCCUCGGCAGGUCAGCGCGGGCUCCGCUCCGAAUUAGACGGUUUAAAAAUGCAUGGCCUGUCAGGAGCAAGCCUCGAGUGUUUGGAGCAAAGCGCGUUCGCUGCUUUUCACGCAUGGUUUGCUCGUGAAUGUACAUUUUUAAAACAACACACACUUUCGUUUUGUCGUUAUCGAAGCCGUGUUUCCCCGUCGUCCUUUAAAUGUUCCCAGCGUCUGGCGUCAUGAGCGUCUCUCUGACGUCCCCUCUUCCAGGCGCCGGAAUCAGGCAGCGCCUAAUUAUCCCAGCGAUCAUGAGAUAAUGGGCUCUGACAGCGGCUCCCGUCACCUCACCUCCCUCCUCCCGCCGCCCCGUCCCAUUCCUCGAUAACCGGACGGGAAUCUGACACGGGGUGACCUCCUCCCUUCUCUCCCUCUUCCUUCCACUUGGCAUUUCUAACUCCAUUCCCCGCUCUGCUCAUGGGAACCAACUCCUGCCUCUCCAUCAUCUGCUGGAACAAGUUCUUUUAGUGUAUUUCCUGUGUUGUGCAGUAUUUUAUUUAUUUUGUACCCUUCGUGUCUAUAUAUUGAAUUUUCUUUUCUUUUUUUACAAAUUGCUCAGUGGCUGAAAGCGAGUGUGAGUCACUGUCAUGUGGGAGCCGGUGGUGAAAAGAUUUUAUUUAAUAUGCGUUGAAUAAUUGUUUAGCAGCAGCUCGACUACUCAGAAAGGUGUUGUGAUGAUUCUCUAGGGAAAUAAAUGCCACCGUGCAUUUACUCGGUAGCAGACUCUGGUAAUCCUUUUAUGGGCACAAACGAAUGCUUAAUUAAUUCAUGCGUGAUUAAUUGUUUCUUUUGAAUUAAUUGUGUUGUGUGUUCCGGAAUGCAGCGAUGUAGAAAGGAGUGCGGGAAAAAAAGAAAAAAUAGGCUGCACAACCAGAAACCCAGCAGACAAAUCCAAACAUCAGGUAGUUUUCCGAGGCUGCCAUCAGCUUCAGCUGUUUGGCAGAUAAUGACAGAAAGAAUAAAGAUGAUACACAUUAAACACGCUGGUAGGCAUGGGCUGGUUUCCACUAUGCUUCAUGUCCUCUUAAUUUGAAAGUGCAGAGAGGAAGUGCCUGUCUGUUUGGAGCAGGUGUGGGAACCAGCGCCACCUAUCGCUUUCUGUGUUAAUGCUAUUUUGAAGCUGAAGUUUGAAAGUACACGGUGCUCUUACACACAGACAACUCAGUUAUUUUCUGUGCAUAAACUCUCAAAGUGUCAUAAAAUUUAUCAAAUGUUUAUUCUAUGUUUUGGCUAGCCUUAUAAGACUGAAUGGACCAUUAUUUAUGCCGCAUUUCUGAAAUCUCUACAACGUAACGUUUCAUUUUUCUUCAAAAAAUGAAGAAAAUUUUACCCCCAUUUUUUGUCUUUCACCCCCUGGUGGAAGACUGAGGCAUUGCAGAUGACCUGUGGAGGUUUUUCUAGAAGUCCAAGAUUAUCUACAGGCGUCUGAUGGGAGUUUUUAAGCUGCACAAAGUGGUUUUCUUUGAGUUGGUUCCAGUCAGAUGUGUGUAGAGUAACACGACGUUUUGCUCAACCCAGAGAAGCACUAUGUUAGGAUUUUUUUACUCAAGUAAAAAAAUACUCAAGUAAAACUUUGCCAUACAAGAAAUUAGCAAGGUGAGAGUAAAAAAGUAUUCCAUCAAAAUGCUACUCAUGUACUUAGUAAUUGUUUGAUUCCGACAUCUGAUGUAAUAUUUAAAAGUUAUGGCAACAGAUAAACAAAAAUCUAAAGUCAUGUACACAUUGUGGUAUUUUAUAGACAAAAGGAAAAAUAUGCAAAUAAGUAAAAUUAUUAUAGGCAGAAGAAAGAUUUAGCUUUUCCAAAUCAGUCUGUUUCAACAUAAACCUUAGAAAACUGAUACUUAAAGUAAACGUAGCUAGUUACUGCUCACCUCUGGUCCCAGUAAGUGAAGCAUAGAAAUAGUUGGUCGUUUAUCCAAACGAGUCUUUAAUUGGGACAUUUACCACAAAUCAAAUCAUUAGAAUACUCACUUUUCUGGUCACUGACAAAAAGUAAACAUGAAAAAACAUCUAAAAAAAAAAGACAAAGCAUCACCACAAAUAAAUACAGCACUGAGCUUUUUAUUUUGACCCUUCAUUAAGAUAAACAUAUGGCUUAAUAUGUUUCACACUAUCAGUUGAGAAAAACUGCCAGUGUUCUCGCAAAAGUGUUGUUAGUAAAUUAUUAAGUGUGCAAUUUGAUUUUUAAGUCAUACAGAUAAUUAUUUUUAUUGGGAUAUUAUUUAAAAAAAAUGUAUCUUAACAUGUGACUUAUGAUACAAAUUUUUUUUAUUAUUAUUUUCCUAAAUCUUUCAAAUUAGCAGUUCAAACAAAAUUCGACUAUGUCUUAAGUUGAGCUUUAAACGGUGUUGUGCAAGUAUCAAAAUCAAAGUGGCAACUAAAGCAGGUUGUAAUAAUUUUUCUUUUUUGCUUUUUAGCAUUAUUUUAAAGGAGUUAGAUUAUUUUUAUAUAGUUUUAAGUAUUUGUUAAUAGCAUAGUGAACACUGUGGGAUUUCUUUCCAGGUUGUCAUAGUGAGAGACUCCUCCAUGCCUGCAGGCCACACGUCGGUAAACAACCGUCUCAUUUUUAGGUCUGCCUUGUACAUAUUCACACCAACUCAGCCCGUUUACCUCAUUUUACCAUCUGGCACCAGUUCAGGGCUUGUCUGUUUGCUCUUCAAUAAUACUGAAAAAUACAUUGGGAGGGCCUGAAAAGCUCCCGUCUGCUUUUAACUGCAGCCGAAAGAGCUGUUUGUAUCCGAGUUUAACGGCGUCCUGUUGUUUUGAAUGCGGAGAGGCAGCCAAGCUGUCCCCCCUCCUCCAACAUCCUUUGUAUAAUGGAACAAAAUAAAUCUCCAUUUGAGAAUUUUAAAUUUAUCCUGAUUAUGAAACCAAAACAGGACAUUUUUCCUAAAUAAAACAUUUAAAAACCAGCUUCUUUUGGCCUGGAAAGCAAAGCAGAGUCCUGCAGGGCUUCUGGAUGGAGCUGCAGAGUUUCCUUGCAGACCAUCAAGGAGUCGGUUAAUAAUUAAUUGUUUGGCUUAUCAUUCAGACUCAUAGACAGCAUGUGCCUUUAUUCUAAAGUGUUACCAGAUUCCUGCUGCUCCCCCCCCUCCCGUGUUGGGAUACUUGACGAGACAGUCACUGUAACUGAAAGCAUUUGAUUGCGGCUUAAUUUAUUGAAGCUUCUGUCCUCACUCUCGUCAUGCUGCUGACUUCAUGACGGCCAGGGGGCGCCAGAGCAAACUGUGUUGAAUGUGUUUCUGCUCAAACAUCACAAGCUUCUGUGUGGGAUUACCAAAAACGACAAAGUUGGAUCUCCUCCUGGUUUCCCUCUAAUGUUGUUAUUAUUAUUAUUUCUUUUUUUUUUUUUUUUUUUUGGCUCUUUAACAGUGAAACUCUGGGAAAGCGGCUCCUCUCUUUGGUCAUCCUCACCUUAACUUAAAGGGAAAAAGUGUUUAUAUUCUGUCAGUAUGGGAAAACCCUGAAAACUGAGCGUUCAGAUCCGAACGUGAGCCGUUCGAUGUCCUCUCAUAUGCUUCUGUUUUUUGUGUGUGUGUGUGUGCGUCACUUCAGAGCGAAAGGAAUAAAAAUAAUUUAUAUAUUUUUUAGAAAACGGAAGUUGUAAAACAAAAAAAAAAAGAAAAAAAAAAGACGACUGUGGCCAAUAAAGAGUCUCACACAACAGAAAUGAUCUCCUUAGACGGACUCGAGUCGACAUCUGCACUCACUGCCUUAUUAACAGGUUUCACAGCUCCAAUCUGAGAGACAGAAAAACUUGUUUUAACAAAAAAAAAAUCAGAUAAAUAAAAAAAGAGGCUUUUCAUGGAGGGAAGGAGGAAGACGGUGUACAGUAGACCCAUGUCAGUUUGUACAAAUUUACCAAGUGAAAAAAAUAUUUAUUACCUGCAUUGGAAGAAAUUGUUUACUUAUUGAAUGUUACUUGUUUAUGUAGAAAAGUAGAUGUAAUAAAAUGCAUUCUGCUA